CUAGGACAGGUUUAGAAAAGUGAGUGCAGUGACCAGACAUCAACAUCUUUUUGUUCUCCUUCUCACUUUUUCCCCUCAUCUACAGAGCACCGGCUGUCCCUGGAACACCACUUGACUAUCCCUCCGAAUCCCAGACUCUCCCUCGCCCAAGCGCCCUAACCCCAGCCUACCACCAGCCAUACUGGACCCUUCCCCAGACCGGCCACCAAGCUACGACGAAAUCAUGGACGACGACAUGGACGAUGCCUAUGGCAGCUACUACUCCUACUACAGCCGUCCCCGCGAUGCUCCGCCCAUAGUCAGGCUUGAUCCCAUCACCGACUACAACAUCCAAUAUGUGGAGGGCAGCGGGUCGAGUCGUGGCAAGAGCAUCGACCUUGUCUUCAUCCUGGACUGCACUGGGUCGAUGCAGAAAUAUAUCAAUUCGGUCCGCGACCAUAUCAUUGGCAUCUGUGAUAUGAUCCGAGGGGAGGAGGGGCUGAACGGCCCUGACGAUCUGCGAGUCGCUGUCGUCAACUAUCGAGACCACCCGCCCCAGGACAGCACCUACAUCUACAAAUUCCACCCCUUCACCUCUGACAUUCCCGAGCUCCAAACGUACAUCAAGGGCCUCACAGCUUCAGGCGGAGGGGAUGGCCCCGAGGCAGUGACGUCCGCUAUGGCCGCCACCCUGACCGAGCUCGAGUGGAGGCGGGAAGCGGCGAGAAUGGCAGUGUUGGUGGCGGACGCUCCCCCGCACGGAAUCGGAGAAGGCGGUGACCAGUUCAAGGGUGGUGAUCCUUUGGGACACGACCCUCUGGUUGUUGCGAGGACAAUGGCUCAGAACGGUAUCACUAUGUUUAUGGUCGCUUGCGAAGACACUCUUUCCGGCUACAGCCACGCCGUCGACUUUUUCCAAGCCAUCUGCAAUAUGACCUCGGGCGUCAUGCUCCCCCUUUUCUCCGCCGACUUGCUCGCCAUGACCAUUGUCGGAAGCGUUCUCGAGAAUAUGGACAUGGAGCGACUCAUAACGGAGAUCGGCAUGGAGGUGGCACAGAGGAUUAAGGAGAAGGGAGAGUCCAUGGAGAGUGUUGAAGAAGUUGCGCAAGAAUUGCACGAGCGACUGCUUUUGCGUAAUGAACAGACCAAGCAAGUCCGUUUACCAGAAGUCUACGUCCCGCACGAGAAUGCCAAAAAGAACGUCUCCACCUGGAUGAACGCCAGCUGUCUCGGCGAUGCCGUCCCCCACAUCCUCGCCGUACCGGGCAAACGCCUGACUGAAAAGUUCCGUAAACAAAACUACGCUGCCGGGUUCAACUACACCCCCGGCGGCCGUCUCCCCCCACGCCGCUCCACCUCCGUCGCUUCCCCGCCCUCCACCACCACCAGCACCACCUCCUCCGCGCUCGGUAUCCCGCCCACCCCCUCCUCCCCCACCGCUCACCCCCACCCCCACUCCCCACCGACAGCAACCUCCCCCUCCCGCAGGGUCGUCUCCGACUUUAAACCGUUCGGCGCGCCGGCAGCUGGGGAUGGGAAGAUGGGCGUGAGCGUCUUUGGGGCGCCGAUGCUCUCGACGCCGGGGCCUGGUGGGGGGAUGUUUGGGAGUAUGGGGCGGGCGCCGGGGGGGCAUGGGGGGUUGAGGGAGAGGGAGGAGGAGGAGGAUGAGGAGGAUGAUGAUGAGGGGGCGAGGUUGAGGAGGGAGGCGAUCAGUUUGGACCAGGCGAGGCGUAUUGCUACGCAGGCGGUAUUCCGGGCUGGCAGAUUCUGAUUCGAACGAGGUAAAUGUGCACAGUAGAAACAUCCAACGAAAUCCUUACGAACUUUUCAAACCGAUUUUACUUUCCUUGACUCUUGAACGAUCAUCUACUUUUAAUCUUUGGAAAACCUUUUGCAAAAGUUUCAUUCAACCACGAGACUAGAGAUCUGUGAUAUGUAUAGAGUAACGAUGUCGGGG